AUGGGGCUGCCCGCGCUCGAAUUCAGCGACUGCUGCCUCGACAGCCCGCACUUCCGAGAGACGCUCAAGUCACACGAAGCGGAGCUGGACAAGACCAACAAAUUCAUCAAGGAGCUCAUCAAGGACGGGAAGUCACUCGUGAGCGCGCUCAAGAAUUUGUCUUCAGCGAAGCGGAAAUUUGCAGAUUCCUUAAAUGAAUUUAAGUUUCAGUGCAUAGGAGAUGCAGAAACAGAUGAUGAAAUGUGCAUAGCAAGGUCUUUGCAGGAGUUUGCCACUGUCCUCAGGAAUCUUGAAGAUGAACGGAUACGGAUGAUUGAGAAUGCCAGCGAAGUGCUCAUCACUCCGUUGGAGAAAUUUCGCAAGGAGCAGAUCGGGGCUGCCAAGGAAGCCAAAAAGAAGUAUGACAAGGAGACAGAGAAGUAUUGUGGCAUCUUAGAAAAACACUUGAAUUUGUCUUCCAAAAAGAAAGAGUCUCAGCUUCAGGAGGCAGACAGCCAAGUGGACCUGGUCCGGCAGCAUUUCUAUGAAGUAUCCCUGGAGUAUGUCUUCAAGGUGCAAGAAGUCCAAGAGAGAAAGAUGUUUGAGUUCGUGGAGCCUCUACUGGCAUUCCUACAAGGACUCUUCACUUUCUAUCACCAUGGUUAUGAACUGGCCAAGGACUUCAAUGACUUCAAGACUCAGUUGACUAUCAGCAUACAGAACACAAGAAAUCGCUUUGAAGGCACCAGGUCAGAAGUGGAAUCCCUGAUGAAGAAGAUGAAAGAGAAUCCCCUCGAGCACAAGACCAUCAGUCCCUACACCAUGGAAGGGUACCUCUACGUCCAGGAGAAACGUCAUUUUGGAACUUCCUGGGUGAAGCACUACUGUACAUAUCAGCGGGAUUCCAAACAAAUCACCAUGGUACCAUUUGACCAAAAGUCAGGAGGAAAGGGGGGAGAAGAUGAAUCAGUCACCCUCAAAUCCUGCACACGGCGGAAAACAGACUCUAUUGAGAAGCGGUUUUGCUUUGACGUGGAAGCAGUAGACAGGCCUGGAGUUAUCACCAUGCAGGCAUUGUCUGAAGAGGACCGGAGGCUCUGGAUGGAAGCCAUGGAUGGAAGGGAACCUGUCUACAACUCGAACAAAGACAGCCAGAGCGAAGGGACUGCACAGUUGGACAGCAUUGGCUUCAGCAUCAUCAGGAAAUGCAUCCACGCUGUGGAAACCAGAGGGAUCAAUGAGCAAGGGCUCUACCGAAUCGUGGGGGUCAGUUCCAGAGUGCAGAAGCUGCUGAGUAUCCUGAUGGACCCCAAAACAGCUUCUGAAACAGAAACGGAUAUCUGUGCCGAGUGGGAGAUAAAGACCAUCACUAGUGCUUUGAAAACCUACCUAAGAAUGCUUCCAGGACCACUCAUGAUGUACCAGUUUCAAAGAAGUUUCAUCAAAGCAGCAAAGCUGGAGAACCAGGAGUCACGGGUCUCUGAAAUCCACAGCCUUGUUCAUCGGCUCCCAGAGAAAAAUAGGCAGAUGUUACAGCUGCUCAUGAACCACUUGGCAAACGUUGCUAACAACCACAAGCAGAAUUUGAUGACGGUGGCAAACCUUGGCGUGGUGUUCGGACCCACCCUGCUGCGUCCUCAGGAAGAAACGGUAGCAGCCAUCAUGGAUAUCAAGUUUCAGAACAUUGUCAUUGAGAUCCUAAUAGAAAAUCAUGAAAAGAUAUUUAACACCGUGCCUGACGCGCCCCUCACCAAUGCCCAGCUGCACCUGUCUCGGAAGAAGAGCAGUGACUCCAAGCCCCCAUCCUGCAGCGAGAGGCCCCUGACGCCCUUCCACGCCAUGCAGUCAACAGAGAAACAGGAACAGAGAAACAGCCUCAUCGACUCCAGUUUGGAAUCUGUCGUCUCAUCAAACGCAAACAGCAUCCUUAAUUCUAGCAGCAGCUUACAGCCCAACAUGAACUCCAGUGACCCAGACCUGGAUGUGCUCAAACCCACCCGGCCCAACUCACUCCCCCCGAAUCCAAGCCCAACUUCACCCCUCUCGCCAUCUUGGCCCAUGUUUUCGGCGCCAUCCAGCCCUAUGCCCACCUCAUCCACGUCCAGCGACUCAUCCCCCAUCAGCACACCGUUCCGGAAGGCAAAAGCCUUAUAUGCCUGCAAAGCGGAACACGACUCAGAGCUCUCAUUCACGGCAGGGACGGUCUUCGAUAAUGUGCAUCCAUCUCAGGAGCCUGGCUGGUUGGAGGGGACUCUGAAUGGAAAGACGGGCCUCAUCCCUGAGAACUACGUGGAGUUCCUCUAACCAUGGGCCCUGGCAGAACUGCUGAGCUUUUCAUGGUGUCCAUGACAACUGCUGAUUCCAUUGUUGUGGGCCAUUGCUCUUCGCCGCUGAGAAGUGCAGGGUGACUGACUCUGCUGCUACCUGUCAACACGAAUGUUUCUGUGAACUCUGGUGUCACCCAUCUCCGUGAUAAUCUCAGCUGACGUGCGGUGAUACUGCAAGAAACAGAAGUAAAUCAGCGGAGGAGGCCGUUUGAUUUUCAUAACAAGAAAGGCUUACAAAGCUAUUUCUCUCAUUUAGCACCCCACGUGGGGUGCUCAUUUUGUUUCAGUAGUCAUCCAAACCCCGACCUUCUGAAAAAGGAAGUAAGUGAGAUGUAAGCAGUCCCCAGGAGCUUACAGUAUAGCUGGCUCUGACAGGGCUGGGCAGUGGCCUGAGAUCCAGUCUGGAUCCACAGCUAUUGUUUACAGUAGACACUCUCUCUACCC